UUCUUCUACACACAAACACAAGAUACAGCCUGGAAGCCUCUUUUGCUCUUCAACGGACUGAUUUUAACAGAUUUCUUUGUGAACAGAGCGAAAUGGCAGAGGUUGCUCUGGAGGACCAAGAACCAUUUAACUGCCCUAUCUGCCUGGACCCACUGAGAGAUCCCGUGACGAUUCCUUGUGGACAUAACUACUGCAUGGCUUGUAUUGAGGACUACUGGAGUCAGAAUGAACGGACCUACAGCUGCCCGGAGUGCAGGGAGAGCUUCACAACUAAGCCUGUCCUUAACAAGAACACCAUGUUUGCUGAAGUGGUGGAGCGCUUCAGAAAGGCAAGGCUUCGAGACCCCUCUCCUGGCAUCUCUGAACCUAGAAAAUGCAGUUUCUGCUCUGGGCAAAAAGUCCAGGCUGUCAAAAUGUGUGAAGAGUCAUGUUGCGAGGCGCAUUUUGCUCGUUACCAGAAUGCAAACUUGCGAGAAAAGCAUACUGUGAUAGUCGUCGGUGGAGAACCUCCAAAGAACAUCUGCCUGCAACACAACAUGCCACUAGAGAUCUACUGUCGAACAGACCAGCAGCUGAUCUGCUCCCUGUGCUUUGUGGAUCGCCACAGAGGACACGAUGCGGUUUCAGUUGGACUGAAAAGCACAGAAAGACAAGUGACCGGUGACUCUCAGGAGAAUAAAAGGGAAAGCCAGCACAGGAACAGGCGUGGGUCACAUGAGCACAGCAGGAGGAAACGCAGGCACAGCAGGCAUGCUAGUGGACAUGCAAGCAGACACAGGAAGAGGAGUCUGCAUUCAAAACACAGGCAUGAAGCAGUUCACCAUGAAGGCCAUGGACGUGCAGUUGCCAGGCAUGGGCAUGGUGAAGGAGGUGGACAUACGCUGGACCGGAAUGGAAGAAGUGGAAAUCCACAAAAUGGAGGAAGGCACAGGAGUAGCCGGCAUCAACCAAACUGGCACUAGAAGGAAGAAUGAUGAAUUUAUGAGAGCAAUGUGGUAGGUUGAUGAAUUAGCCUUGCUAAAUGGCCACCAAUAGGGGCGAGUGUUUGAGUGAAUGGUUGUAUAUUGUACCACCCUGUCCAGAAGGCCAGAGGGUAUUCCUGCCUUGUGCCCAAAUAUUCUGGGUAGGCUCUGGACCUACUGGGACCCUGACCAGCAAACUAGGCACUAGAAGAAUGGCUUAAUAAAAGCAACAGACUGGUAACACCUUUUGGUGGGUAAUCUUGCCUUGUGCCUAAAGAUUCAAGGUAGGCUCCGGACCUACGGUGACCCUGACCAGCAAACUGGGCACUAAAAGGAUGGCUUUAUGAAAGCAAUAUACUGGUACCUCCUCUGGUGGGUAUUCCUGUCAUUCUGUCCUGUUCAGUCAUUCUAGGUAAGCUCUGGACCCAACACGGAACUGACCAGCAAACUGGGCUCUAAAAGAAUGGCUUUAUGAAAGCAAUGGACUGGUAUACUGUUGAGGGGACAUUCCUGCUUUGUGUUCAAUGAUUCUUUGUAAGCUCUGGACCCGGCGCAACCCUGACCCGUGAACUGGGCUCUAGAAGAAUGGUUUCAUGAAAGCAAUAAUAGACUGGUAUCCUGCCCUAAGACUCUGAGUAGACUCUGGACCCACUGCAUUCCCUGACCAGCAAAAUAGACACUAGAAGAAUAGUGAGGAAUGUGGGGAUGAGAAAGAUAUCGGACAUAAUAAGACUUUAGAGUUUCAAAAGGCCAAGUAUGGGGAGGGAAACGAUACUGUGAAUUCUUAUUCCAGGAAAAAAUUAAAAUAAAAAAGAGACACUUGAGAAACUUGAAAUUUUUAUAGAACAGUCAAGUGCCUUGGCUGUAAAACACAUUUCCUUGGGAAAGUAUUGAUUUUAUUUCUUGUAUGUAACCAUUAUUUGUUUUUAUUGCAUACUCUUGCUGUUGUACGCCUUGCAACCAAUAAUUGCCUGUAGGCUCCAGGAUCCAAAGUUUGGGUAAGAUGAAUGGACAGAUGCAGUUUGCUGUUGCAAUAAAACCUUGUAUCUCGUUAACUGGUAAUGUUAAAGGACAUGUGCAUUGUGUAAACAUUUCAUGACGAGCUGAUCAGUGAUCCUAUUUUAAAAAUUUCAUGAAUAAGCGUGCAUACUCUUAAAAAUAAAGGUGUUUCAAAUGAUUCAAGUGAUGCUCCAGAAUUCAAUUUCUAGAUUUUGUAAUCCUUGGUCCCUGAUCAAAGUCACCAAAUAUUUACUUUAACUGUUUCCUUUACCAAAAUCCAGUACUGAAAAUUGUAUUCAAGUCCAAAUUUGUAGACUUACGGAAGGGGUGGGCAGUUUUGGGCUUUUCCUGCUCAAAUCUCACUAGAUUCACCUGUUUAUGGCUACAUUCUUCAAAGUGAUGCUCUAGAAUCCAAUCCAAUCCUGGACUUUUGAAAUGUUUGGUAUGUGUGACACUACAUGGACAACCAACUGCAUUAACUGUUACUUGCAAUAACCCUUCCAUAACACUUUCAGCCGAAAUAAACAUUUAAAACAGGUUUUGGAUUCCGGUCCUGGUUAUUGCACACUUACCCUGCUCAAUCUCACAGGAUUAAAACGCUUAUUGGGCAUUUAGUAUGCUUGCCAGAGCAGGCAAAUUAUCAAAUGUGCUGGACUGCCGUCCCUAGUUGCCCAUCCCUGACCCAAGAUGUUAUAGAAACCUUCUGGUUCCAUGAAAAAACAUGUUUGUAAAAAGAGAUGCAUGGUUUACAAAACCUUUCAAGUUAGGGUAAUCCAUUUCCACUACAAACAUAUUUAUUUAUGGAACCAAACAUUCCAAUCCUGGAUUUUGUUCUAAUCGGAAGUUAAGGGAAACGAUAACAUACCUGAUUGCCCACACAAUGUCAGACCUACAAAGACUGGAAACUGGACUCAAGGUCUAAAUUCAAAAACAUCUGGUGUAAAGUAUCAUUUAAAGAAUCACUUGAAACACCUUUAUUUUAAGGAGUCAACAGUCAUUAAACAGGACUGUUUUCCAGGGUAACUUACUGUAGCACCAGAUCAGUUCAUCAUUAAAAACAUUUACACAGUUUGAAGGUCAGUGCGAACUGGUGAGUUCAUAUUGAUAUACAGCAGUUAGUUAUAUUUGUAAUUUUAUUAUUUGCACUGUUGUCAGUAAAAGUGGAAUAAAACAUCUUUGUAUUUUAUUUUGUAUUGUCAUGACU